AUGCUGCUUCCUCCAAGCUAGCAAUCACUUGCAUACAGUGCUGCACAAGUCUAGAGGCUUCUGCUGGAACUGGGGAAUUCUAGUACCUGGGCUGUCAUCUCAUCUCCAUGCAGUCCUCUGGGACAAAGACCUACAGAAACUUCAAGCAGCUACUCCCUCUGUGCUGACUGUAAUCUGAAGUAGAGGGAAAUGUGCCCAGUCUGCUGCCAAGCAAGAUAAAGAGCCAGCACACUGAAAGCACAAAAGGUAUACAAGUCUGUAACUACUGUACAACAAGCCUGUAAUCUACCUGGAAUGGGUGCUGAGCUUCAGAAAGGCUGGAGAACUCAUCAGAUGGGCUUACAGCUAGUAGCCAAACACAGGGCUUCUACGGUGUCCAACAUCAAGAAUGGUCUAUCUGACUGCAACAAUGUUCCACCAGGUAUGUGUUACCACCAGGAGUACUUUGAUGAGCACAACCCUCACAACAACCAGGAUGCAGAUGAAAUGGACCUGGAGGAGAGCACAUCUUCAAUCCACAAGUUCUCAGAACCAACUCAUCAUGGCCCCACAAAUACUGACAACCAUGCAAAAGUGAAAAAGCUUUCAUGGAGCAUUAACAGAGGACAGAAAAGAAGAGAAAGAUCAAUCUCAAUCUCUCAAACUCGCCUGCAGCAGCUCAGGGAGAAGAGGUUAACGUUUGUCUUGGCUGUGGUCAUUGGAGGCUUUGUUAUUUGCUGGUUCCCAUUUUUCUUUACGUACAGUCUGGACUCUGUGUGUAGAGGGAGAUGUGGCAUUUCUGACUCUCUCUUUAACUUUUUCUUUUGGAUUGGUUACUGCAAUAGCAGCCUUAAUCCUGUCAUAUACACAGUAUUUAAUAGAGACUUCAGGAAAGCAUUCCAAAAACUCCUUGUACACACUCCUAAAAGGACCAUGUGAGAAGAAUGUGACUGUAAGGAAGCCGAAAAAACUGAUCUAUAACUAGGUUCUGAGCACUAACAUUCAGUCCGGCCAUUUGACAUUUUUAAUAAUGUGGCUAAGAAACAAUUGACCUUGUUCCAUUAGAAAUAAAUAUGUUUCACAAUUUAGUGCUUCAACUGAGAUUAUUUUUGCUGGAAAUUGUAAAAGGUGACAUAUUUAGAUGAUUUGUCAGUUCAUUGUUUUUCCUAAUCUGCAGUGAUUUUAAAAUUAGCUAGAUUGUUGUACCCCAGCCAGUGAACUUAUACCCUUUAUCAUUGUGCAGACUUCCAAGAAAGUGAGGCAAUAGCCUGAACAUAUUUG